AUUCAACUGCUGUGCCGUGAUGACGUCAGAGGGCAUGUGACCCAGGCUCUCCAGUGACGGCACAUGGAGGGCAGGAAAGAGACGAGUUUUAAAGCUGGUGCCUUUUGGGUUGUGUGAGGGCUCUGCUCGCCUCCCAAACAACCACAGAACCACAGACGUGCGGCUCGGGGUUGGUGUUUGAGGGCAACCUGGAGUGUAAAUGGUUAAUCGUCGCGGGCCAGCACCAGUCACAAGGACGGCGCUAAGCGAGACGUGUCAAGGGUCAAGGAAACCACAGAAGAACAAAAGUGGGGCUUGCUGCAACCAGAGGCAGCUAUGGCAUCUAACAGCCUUUUCAGCACAGUGACACCAUGUCAGCAAAACUUCUUCUGGGAUCCCAGCGCCAGUCGGAGGUUCAGUCCGCCGUCCAGUAGCCUCCAGCCGGUCCCAGGAAAGAUGAACGAUGUGAGCUCUCCAGCCGGGCAGCCGGACGCAGCGGCUGCGGUGCCAAGACUGCGCCCCCACGAAAACCGCAGUAUGGCCGAGAUCAUCGCGGACCACCCGGCCGAGCUAGUGAGGACCGACAGCCCCAACUUUCUCUGCUCGGUCCUGCCCUCCCACUGGCGGUGCAACAAGACUCUACCCGUCGCUUUUAAGGUGGUAGCCCUGGGAGAUAUACCUGAUGGGACCGUUGUCACCGUAAUGGCGGGCAACGAUGAGAACUACUCCGCUGAGCUGCGGAACGCCUCGGGUGUGAUGAAGAACCAAGUAGCACGUUUCAACGACCUCCGUUUUGUGGGCCGCAGCGGCAGAGGCAAGAGCUUCACUCUGACAAUCACAGUAUUCACCAACCCGCCACAAGUGGCCACUUACCACCGAGCCAUAAAGGUCACCGUGGACGGACCUCGUGAGCCCAGGAGGCAUCGUCAGAAGCUCGAGGAUCCUCCCAAAACCGGUCUGUUCUCCGACCGCCUCAGCGAGCUGGAGAGGAUGAGGGUGAGGGUCGCAGUUCCGACACAAGCUCCCCGGCCGGCUCUCAACACGGCGGCCAACUCCUUCAACCCACAGGGACAGACGCAGAUAACAGACCCUCGUCAGUCCCAGUCCUCUCCUCCCUGGUCGUACGAACAGACGUAUCCGUCCUACCUGAGUCCCAUGGCGUCCCCCUCGGUCCACUCCACCACCCCCCUCUCCUCCAGCCGAGCCACAGGUCUGCCUGCCAUCAGUGACGUGCCUAGACGAUUGCCAGGUUCCUCUGACCUGAGCCCAUUCCCCGGUCAGUUCGAGCGCCAGUUCCCGAGCCUCUCCUCCCUCACAGAGAGCCGUUUCUCCAGCCCUCGGAUGCACUACCCGGCAACCUUCACCUACACCCCGCCCGUCACCUCAGCCAUGUCGCUGGGCAGCGCCCACUACCACACCUACCUUCCCCCUCCGUACCCGGGCUCCACCCAGAGUCAGAGCGGACCCUUCCAGACCAGCAGCACGCCCUAUCUCUACUACGGGACGUCCUCCAACACGUACCAGUUCUCCAUGGUUCCCGGCGGGGACCGCUCGCCGUCCCGGAUGAUCCCGCCUUGCACUAGCGCCUCCACGGGCACAUCCCUGGUGAACCCUAACCUGCCCAGCCAGACAGAGGGAGGGGUGGACGGCGACGGAAGCCACAGUAACUCCCCAACUGUACUCAACCCCGGAGGCCGCAUGGAUGAAGCAGUCUGGAGGCCAUAUUGAAGAAGGCAGAGAGAUAAGAAGUCAACUGAUGUCAUGGUUUGAAAGCACAAAACCUUUUCUUUCUUUCUUUUUUAAAUAAAAAAGGGGAUUUUUGAGCUUACAUCAGCUGUCUCUACCUUUGGAAAUUAAGGUUGAGAUUAAAAAAAAGAGGGAGAGAGCAAGAGAGACCAAACGUGUGUGGACUCGUCCUCCUGGAAUGUGUUUAGACCGUGGCGCUACAAAGGGAGUCGGUUUCAAAGCAAUAAUGAAAAAGACAGUUUUGGUUUACUAGGCCCAAGUGGAUGAGACGUUAUUUCAGUUUUAUUCUAUUCCACAAAGCUAAAGGGAUGCUUCGACGAUAUUUGUUAAAGACUGCCUCUUUUGUACAGUGUUUGUAUUUCUUUAAGGCUUUUUUUGCAGAGCAUGUUUUUUUUGUUUUUUUUUGUACUACGACAAUAUCAAGAUGCAAGUUAAGCACUGAGUAGCAAGUAAUAAGAGUAACGCAUAUGUUACUUUAAGUGGUGUGGACAGUAAAUUUUGCUUUAAACCGAUUAAUUUAACUUGUAUAUUGUGGGUGAAACGAUGUAGAUUGAGGCGUUUUCUUCGUUUUAACUUAUAAAGCCAUAAAUUAUGUAUUGUAUUUGAAACUUGAGUCAAAGAAAGGUAAUCUGAAUAUUUUUGAUGCAUCUAUAUGACUAAGUUAAAAUGAUUUUUUUUUUUUUGAUAGGUAAUUUAAGAAAGUAAGUUUUGUUUUUGUUUUUCUGGUAGCAGCCAAAGAUUUAAAAUCGUGUUGAAUAUGAAAUGUAAUUUCCAAAGAGUAUUGCAACAUUUUUUUUUUUUUUUCCUGGUGUAACUUUCAGUUUAACUGCUCUACACAUCCAGAGCCCCACAUCCUCGCGAGGCGUUGACACACAUUUGGCUCGGAAUUAAACCUUUGGUAUUUAUUGAGCAAUAACUCGUAUUGUGCCUCUUGGCAACAUACCAUUAAAGAGAGUUUCAAUGGGGGAAAAUAAUUAUCCGUUUGGGGAAAUUCUGCUUGAUUUCUUUGCUCUGUCUAGUCUGACAUGCACACAGAUACUUAUGCAUUUUCUCUUCCAAAUAAGAAAUGGUGCAUUUAGACACGAAUUGACGUCCAGCCCAAAGAUGAUUGCAGUGGGUACUGUGCCUAAUGGCCCACUUUAAAAGAGGCAGGUCAGACUUUAAGGAUCACUUAUUUUGUGAUACAUGAACUCCUCAGGACUGGAAGAAUCCUUGGUUGAUCCCACAGAUUUGCUAUAUCUGCAUUUCUUUUUUUUCAUACCCAGCCUGGCUGAAAGCACGGUCAAGAUUAUAGCUCUGACAUGCCAAGUCUAUUAUAGCUUUCAUAUCCUAUGUAAAAGAUAGCUUUGAAAAAGUCUGUCUUAGUGUGACACACACACACACACACACACAGGUUUGUAGUUUUUCUUGCUUUCUGUCUUUUGGGUUAAAAAGGAAAUCGCAGAGAAACAAAAGAGACUCUGAUGAUCCUUUCAGCUUUUAUUUAUUUUCAAAUUUUUACUCUGAGUUUAUCGAAUUGAUUUUUACCCUUUUUAUUGGCUAAUGUCAACAAUAAGGGUCUAAAUCUAAAAUCUUUCUGUGGGCUCGAUAUGAGGGGAGGUCUGGGUUUAAAAAUUACCGUGCGAGAUUUAAAAAUGUGUUUAAGUUUAAGGGGAAAAAGUGCAAAACAACAACCAAAAAACACAAAACAACAGAGUGGUGAUUGGAUUCAGCUGCUGGCAGCAAACUGGUAACCGAAAAAUAUGGGAGACUUGUGUAUGUUUGUUUCAUAAAGCACUUAUUUCUUGUUUUAUUUCUAGCAGCACUUGCGGCGGGCUGCCAGCAGGGCUCGUGGUUUUGGUCCUCAGUGGAGAUGUAACGCCACUGGAGUCUCACACACACACACAGAAUGGAUAACACUUGGCCAAACAAGCCAUUUAUAUUGGAGUUUAAUCUGAUUUCACAAGGCAGUUGGCAUUUGUUUAAAAAAAAAAAAGCAUUUUUUUUCUUGCUUUCAUACAGUAUGAUACUGAGUGCAUGAAGGUAAUAUAAUAACCCAAUUUUUAAAAGCUGAGAAAAACAUGGCCCUGUCCAAGGAUCAGACUUCAAGCUUUUCAUUUAAGAUUUGCACGCACACUCUGCAGAGGAUCUUCUCAACUCACACACACGCACGCAUUUCUCCUGCAGCUUCAGCCCAGCACGAAAAGUACUUUUGCUGUUAGAGCGUAACAUAAAUAAACAAAUUCAAAAACCUUUUAGAUUGCUGUGAUUUUACAGCAUUUUCCCAAAUACUAUGCACAUCUGUUGGAAUUUAUUUAAUCUGCUUCACAAAUCUUUUAAAAACUGUUUACACCUAAACGCAGCACUGACACCCUAACCUGUCCUCAUCUGCUUCUGUUUGGGGUUUUUUUUUUUUUCUUGUUCCUCAAAAUACAAAGGUUCAUUUUUUUUAUUAUUUUUUUUUAGUGUUGCGUACAAACUGUCAUUAAAAAAAAUCUUGUAUUAUUCAUUGAUCAACAUGUAUGAUAUCCAGGAAUUGUACCUGCUCUUAUGUAAAGUUUACUCGUUAUUUCUAUUGUUAUGCUCCUUCUCAUGAACACUUGUCAGGAAACUCAAUCUAAUGGAGACUGUUAGACUUUGCUGGUACGUUUCAUAAAGAUCAUAAUUUGUUUUUCGA